UGUGUUUUAAAUAAAGAACACCCAGUCGGUUUGGUCCACGUGGACCAACAGAAAAAGUAAAAACUCCAACCUUAGGAAAAUGACCCGUUGCGCCGUUUAAUGUGAAAAUAGUAAUCUUUUACAUUUAAAUUCAACAGCAGAGGGCCUUAAACAAACUCCCCUAAAGAGAAAUUAUCUCUGGAAAAGGAAGAGCUUUUAUUUUGGCGUUUCGCAACCGGAAGAAGCCCUUUUCUUUCUCUCCGCUUCACCUCGACGUUCCCGAGCAUCAAAGCACCGACAGCGCAGGAAAAAUGCUCUCCGUUCUCAUUUACCGGAAACGUGUUGAUACUGGAAGACGAUGCGAGGCGGUUUCGUCGUGACCUUUGGAGCCCCGACACAGAAAAGGCGGGAGACGAGUGUGCGCGAGCCUUCCGGAACCGCCGCGGCGCGCGGAGCUGAGCUCCGACGCGACAGGGCGGGGUGAUGCUCGGGUUCCGGUAUAAGGACGGUGAGAAAAUGGAAACCAGAAGCGCCCGGGCGCCGGCAGACGACGCGGAGCGCUCUUCCGGGAGGGUAGCAUGAGCAGCGGCGCGUGCUCGUGUCGCAGGGCGGCCGCCUAACGUCACAGAGGCCGGUGUGGAGUGAGCGCGCGCGCCUCCGCCCCCCGCCCGUCAAAACAAUGAGGACGCUCCUCACAUUCUGCUGUCUUUUCCUGGUCACCGGCGGCGCGGGCUGCGCGAGGCCCGGCGGGAACCUGACGGUGUCCGCGGACGGCAGCACCAACCUGACCACCGACAGCAGCCGCUUCCUCCGGAUCGGGGACGGGUCGCUGCAGGAGUUCGAGUUUCCGGAGAACUCGGACGGGGUGAUCGUGAUCUCCAGCCGGUUCCGGAGCUCCACCAGGAAGGACCGGAAGCAGACGCUGACCGUGCGCUCUCUGGACCCGGAGGUUCUGUCCGUCCUGAACGUGACGGACAGCAGCCGCGCGGCUCCGUUCACGAGCUUCGUCAUCAACAUCCGCUCCGGGUUCCCGGGCCGGGCUCAGCUGCAGAUCCAGCUGCUGGACCAGGACCAGGACUCUGGGCCGGUUCUGAUCGAGGAGAGGACAGACUACUCCAUCAGGGUGGCGCCGGACGAUGACCCGGCCAGCCGGCUGAUCCAGUCGGGGGGGCUGUCCCACUUCACGGAGAACCCGGUGCUGUUCGCCUUGCUGCCGCUCAUCUUCGUCAACAAGUGUGCCUUCGGGUGCAAGGUGGAGGUGGAGGUGCUGCGGGGGCUGCUGAGGAGCCCCGUGCCCCUGCUGCUGGGCGUGGGGGGGCAGUUCCUGGUCAUGCCCUUCUACGCCUACUGCGUGUCCCGGCUGAUGUCCCUGCCCACGGCGCUGUCCCUGGGGCUGGUCAUCACCUGCUCGGCCCCGGGAGGGGGCGGCGGUUACCUGUACAGCCUGCUGCUGGGGGGCGACGUCACCUUGGCCAUCUCCAUGACGCUGGUGUCCACCUUGGUGGCCACCGCGGCCAUGCCUCUGUCCUCCGCCCUGUACGGCCGGCUGCUGGGCGCGCACGCCGCCCUGCACGUGCCCUUUGUGAAGAUCCUGGGCACGCUGCUGUUCAUCGCCAUCCCCAUCUCGCUGGGCAUGCUGGUCAAGCUGCGGCUGCCCGGCCUGACCCGCGUCCUGCUGGUGCUCAUCCGACCCUUCAGCGUCGUGCUCAUGAUCGGCGGCAUCUUCAUGGCCUACCAGAUGGGCGCCUCCAUCCUGGCCAACGUCAACCCCCGGAUGGUGGGGGUGGGGGUGACGGUGCCUUUGCUGGGCCUGGCGGUCGGCGCCGUCCUGGCUAAGCUGGCCGGCCUGCCGCUGCCGCAGAAGAAGACGGUGAGCAUCGAGGUGGGCGUCCAGAACAGCCUGCUGGCGCUCGCCGUCAUGCAGCUGUCGUUCCGCAGGGUGGAGGCGGACUUCGCGUCCCAAGCGCCGUUCAUCGUGGCGCUCAGCAGCACCUCGGAGAUGCUGCUCGCGGUCCUGGGAUACUUCCUCCACCGGAGGCUGUGCGGCGGCGCCGUCCUCAGGAGUGACGCCUGAUUGUAGCUGCGGCUUCGCAGCUUGAGCUGAACGUUGGUGAAGAAUGAAUGAGUCCUCUGGGUUCCAGAGUUCUGGCUGGAGACCAGCCGGUUCCGGUCCAAUCAUCACUGUUGUACACACGCUGGUGGACGGACUUUGGGGUUCUUCAGUUUUUCAUGACGACCAAAGGCCUUUUACCCUUUCUGAGACCUUUCUGUGUUGAUCUUACAUUUUCAGAUCUGAUUCUACUGUGAGAUCCUUUGAUGUACAUAUUCCUAAAAAGAGAAAAGCCUAUCAAAGAAUAGAUAUUUUUAUACCAGAUUACUUUUUGUAAUCCCAAAUCAAAGACAGAUUUGUAUCAUGUUUACAGAGGUCCACGUGUCUUAGCCUGGAGGGAGUUGGUCAGUCUGGGGAUGCGAUUCAAAUGUUGCUUUUAAAAAUGUUUUUUCAGUGAUUGUUGUCCUGGAUCUCAUGAUCCUUGUACUUGAAUAUUUGCAAAGGAAAACAAAUAAAAAAGUAUAUUCAA